AUGUCUACCCAACCAGCCUCAGCUACAUGUCCAUCCUAUAUGACCCAAGAUCUCUCAAAUCAACCUUUCCCGCCGAAUUCGCAAAAACGAUUGACCUCCACACCUACCUUGACAACGGAUGAUUACGAUCGUCUCGAUGGGUUGAUCCACCAUAUCCCUUGGUCUACUAGUAUCUUGACUUCAUCUGUGGAGAUUCAUGAAGACGUUGUAUGGUGGAUCGUAAGAUUAUGGACUCUAUCAGUACCUAGGAUCACGUCAUAUAUUAGCAAAUACGAAGGUGUCGAGAUAGAUCUGCAAGAUGAGGAUGAAUCGAGACCUCAAGACAGCCAUGAUGGAAGUAUUACGAAAUUAGACUCCAACGAAGAUGAGCAACAGACCGAACAUGAAAGAAGAGGGGGAGGAGAUUUAUAUGAUGAACAUACAAGACAGCUUUUCAUACAGGCUAUUCGAGAAGCUCAGAAGAUGGUCCAAACCCAGCAAUCUCAAGAGAGAACGAAAAAUGUGGAGAUUGAGAUGAUUACCUUCAGCAGCAAGACAGUAUUCGAUCCUUUGAAUCCUACUCAUAUGGAUGUAAUCCCAUCUGUCGAUUCACUCGUUCAUGCUUGGACAUUCGGUAAGAUCAGCCAUGAUUUUGAGAAUGACAUAUUCAAGGUAACUAUUCAAACGGAUCAAGGUGAUCUGGUUCUCCUUCAAGAUACGAACAAUCAAGAGAGAUCCGAGCUUCAAGACAUGCAUGCGGACGGUAUUGUGGAAAAGCCGAGGACGGAUGAAUUGAGCUACUGGUUCGCAAAACUUCUCGAGCAUGUUCGCGACCAUCCCAUAUCCCCAAUACCUAUCAGAACACCUACGAGAGGACCAAAAUUCGAUUUAAAUCCGCUCACGUCAGCUUGUAGGAACGCCAUCAAUACCGAAAGAAGAAAGAUAAAAGAACUCAAGAGGAAAUACGAUGAGAUGAUGAAUCAAGACAUCAAUUCCACUUUAUCUACAGAAGAGGAGAUAAGUGAGCAGCAAAAGUCGGAAGAGAGAUGGAAGAAAGUGAAUGAUUGGAUGGAAAGUCACUUCAACGGUAAGAAGGACAGAGAACAGAAACGAAUAGAACUGGAAAGGAAGACGGUUUGGGAAAGGUUGAAAAGUGAUCAAGAGAAAGGUAAAGUUGAGAGAAGGAAGGUCGAUGGACAACAACAACAGGAGGUGAUAAGACCGGUCAAAUUGUCACUCUUCGUCGGUGGGAGUAUCAGCGAUAAGAUUACUCGAUCUCGAUCUCGGGAUGUUGUCGAUACCUUUCAACAAACCGAUGGGAAUGGUUUGUCUAGAGGGAUCAGAAAGACUCAGUCUGGUACUAAUGGGAUCAUGGGCUCAGAGGGUCCGAUUCUUAAGAAACAGAAAAGUGUUCAUUUCGAUGCUUCGGCCAAACAGUAA